AUGUCCAGACACGAGAAUUUGCUCACCAAAGUUGGUUUCUCGGCGAUUUUCUCCCUGAAAAUUGUUAUUUUUGCAGGAAAACUGGCAGAGUUUCGGCUUGUGCCCGCCGGGACCGUCCAAUCAGAGCGGAUUAUCGAUUCCGUCGGCGGUUUUUAGCGCCAAUUCGCAAUGCCGGCCUCAGACCGCCCGAACUUCGAAGCAAACGUGGACUUGCAGGUACGGAAGUUUCAGAAAAAUGUGUAAGAUUGUCAGUUUCAGCCUGUGCAAGAAGGAUUUGUCGUCGAAAAGAUCGUACACUGAGCACAUGAACAUUCACAAUAAAACGAGGCCGUUUCGCUGCGAACAUUGCACUUACGCGGCAGGUUAGUGACGAAAAUCGAUGGAAAUUAUGGCAAAUCAUAGAAAAACGACGCCAUUCAUUUUCCUGUGAAAAUUUAUGAAAAUCACCAAAAAUCCACUCGGAAUGCGAGUUUUCCAAUAGUUUGCACCGUUUAUUUUAUAACUUUCAAAACGCUUGUAUUCCUGUCAAAACAUAAUUCUACCACUGCUAUUGAGCUCUACUCUGCAAAAUUCAACGUGAAAAUAAUUUUCAGCCAGUCAAAUGACGCUCCACCGCCACAAAUUGCGCAACCACACGCCCAAAACGGAAUGGGGAUAUCGGUGUCCGUACUGCGAGGACGCCUUCAUGGAACCCGCCGGAUUUCAGCAACAUGUUCAGUGAGUCGGGCCGGAAAUUUCAAUUUUAUUGAAUUUUUAAAGAACAAUCGCGAACGCUCCAUAUUUUCCCGUUCAGAAUCCGUCAUCCGGGCAAAUCGGCGACCUACGGAUGCCCGUUUCGAAUUUGCAAAUUCACAUCGAAAUCGCAGAGACACUUCCGAGAACACCUGCUGAAACACGAUCGGUAAGUACUGAAAAUGGAGCGCAAUACAUUUAUUUAAAAAUGUUGCCUUUAGAAACGACAAAAUCGAGGGAGGUGUGGAUCCGUGUGCACUUUCGAAUCAGCAGCUCGUCAGAUACAUGAUAAACGACGAAAUUGGUAGGCAAAUCGGAAGAAUCUCCAAAAUGUGUCCACUUUCCAGGACACGGAUUCGAGCGUAGCAUGGUCCCGUCGACGUCGGCGGUCCGUCCGAAAGUGCUCAUCCGAGCCCGUCGGCCGAUCGCUCCGAAAUUGUACGUGACGCCCGAAAAUGCACACUCUUCCGCCGUGCCAACUCCCGUUUCUUCUUCGGCUUCCAACGGAAGAACCGGAGAGGGCAAAAUUGUGUGGCAUGUCGAAAAAGUCGCUGUCCGGAAGGUGCCGAGGUAAGAAGUCCAAGUUUGUCCUAAUCGUUUCUAAACAUCUAUCAUGCAGUCCCCCUCUGCCGCCGCCGACGGUCGUCCGCUACUACAUUCCUUCGGCGUCGAUGCCCGGGCAGUCUGUGUCGGCACCGCGUGUUCCGUACCGUCCGCAUCCGCACCUCCACCACCAAAUGUGCCGCGCGGAGCCGCUUCCGCAAACGUACGAUCAGAUUCCGCGCGAGUUCGAAAUCGAGGCGGACGAGUCCGAUUUUGAAGCGGAAAUGGCCGAGAUGGAGGAGGAUUCGUUCGACGAGGGACCGCCCGUACUCGACAGACAGGAAGACCCAUCCGAAUCACCCUGGAGCAAGUCGGAUAAUGAGGUACAACAACAAAACAAAUGCAAUCUCUUAAAAAAUUAGUUUAGAUCAGCGGCAACGACGUCGGAAUAUUCCCGAACGGAUUCAUCGACGAUGAACUUGAUUGA